CCCAGUUGGUGUUUGAAUAUUUUUGAAAGCUCCACCUAUAUUUUAAGAUGCUCUUGAAUCUUGAAUCUUUCCUCGUCUCCUUAAUCCUUGCUUCGUAAAGAGAGAGAAAGAGAGGUAGAAUCUAGAAUGGUGAACGGGUUAUUGGAGGUGGUGCUGGUGGAUGCUGCAGGAUUAAAAGAUACCGAAAGUUUCUUCGGAGGGAUAGAUCCGUAUGUGUUGAUCAAAUAUAAAAGUCAUGAGCGAGAGAGCAGUGUCGCCAGAGGAGAAGGUUCCAAACCAAUGUGGAACGAGAAGUUCAAUUUCAGGGUGCAAUAUCCGGAUGAUUCUGGGGGAAGUGACCCGUACAAGCUAUUCAUCAAGGUCAUGGACAAAGACACUUUCUCCGCUGACGAUAUGAUUGGCCAAACAGUGAUAUAUCUGGAGGAUCUGUUGGCACUAGGAGUGGAGAAGGGAAGGGCUGAAAUACACCCUCGCAAGUACAGCGUUGUUAGCCCUAAUCAAUCUUAUAACGGAGGGAUUCGAGUCGGCCUCAUUUUCACCCCCAAUAAGGUAAGUGAAGAUGAAAAUGAGGGAGAAUUUGGCGGAUGGAAAGAAGUCUUCCACCUCCAUCACACGGAUGAUGAUGAGGAAUAAUAAGUUGCAUUCUUUAAAUUCAUGUAAAAGUUUGUAAAGUUUCAUAUUGAACUCCGGUUUUGUGUUGUGUAACUAAUCAAGAAUCUUUUAAUCGAUAACGGUGAUUAUUACUUUUUUUU